AACAACAACUAAAGUCUACGGAACGGCGUGUUGAUGAGGUUGUCUGCCAUUGAAUCCACCCUGAUUCGUGCACGCAGUAUUGUCAUAGCAUGAAUCCAUGUAAUGUCGUCAUCAGGAAGAUCCUACUAAGUCACAGGAGACUAUUUUUAGAUGGGGGACUUUUGGGGAGGAGAUCUGCGUUGUACGCAAACGGUGGUAGAGCUGUUGGUGCCCCAGUCUUGGCAUCGGGUCACCACACUGUACCCUGCUUCACCUCGCACCUCAUUAGAUGCUGUAGACCCAUAAAUCCCAUCAGAAUGAGUGCUCCCAUUCCAAUUGUGCGAAAGGGUAUCACCCUCGCCCCAUUUUCCUUGGCCUCCUUCAGUUGUUCUGCUGAUCGGCCCUUCACUCCGUCCCCUCUUCCAUCUCCCAUGCCCUCUCCUCCAUCUUCUCCUCCUGCCCCAAACUCCCCUUCAGGUCUAUUGCAGGCAGCAAAAGAUACUUUACACCGUGCUGUGUCAAAACGUGGAUCGAAGAAUAGCGUCCUGACCAUUGAUGAAGACAUGCGUGAAAUGUGUUACUUUUACUCCCAGCUGGGGUCAGAUGAACGCUCAGAUUUUCUGAUCUAUAUGGCAACAUCACUUUCAAUUGAUCAUAAUAAUGUGCAGGAACUGAUACAACAACGACCACAGGAAGGAACCAGUGAUGCUGACCUGGAUGCCCACUUAAUGCGCUGGGAGGACCGACUAAGGCAAGCUCUGCAGCCACCACAUCACUGGGUGGCAUCUCAAGUGUCGCGGCUCUCAGGAGGUGUCAAGUUCCUUGUUGAUAUGCGUCAAGAUUUGCUUACAACACUCUACACUUCAUCCUCUGACCCUACUCACUCAGCUGCGCUCAAAACUCUUGAUUCAACACUGCGAGAAUUGCUUUCUCUUUGGUUCACAGUUGGCCUUCUAAAUGUACAGCGCAUCACUUGGGAAUCCUCCUGUAAUAUGUUGCAAAAGGUCUCUGAGUAUGAGGCCGUACAUCCUGUCCGCAACUGGACAGAUCUGAAACGUCGUGUUGGUCCAUAUCGCAGGUGUUUCAUAUUCACCCACUCCUGCAUGCCUAAUGAGCCUCUCGUUGUUCUUCAUAUUUUCUUAACUAAUGAGAUAUCAAAUUCAAUGGCAAAGAUAUUGAAAACCUCAAGAGCACCUUCUUAUGAUGAAAGUAGCUUAAGUAAAGAUACUGAGGAUUCUUCAACUAUCAGUACUGCCAUUUUUUACUCAAUCACAUCAACACAGAAGGGUUUGCAGGGCAUUGAAUUGGGCAAUUAUCUAAUCAAGAGAGUUGUACGGGAACUAAAGGCAGAGUUCCCACAUAUGACACAGUUCUCCAGUUUGUCACCAAUACCUGGUUUUGUUAAAUGGCUAACUGGGAUGAUGGCUCGAGCACAAAGAGAUGAGGUGAGCAUAUUUACUGCAACUGAAGUAAAUGCUCUUCAACUCCAUUUGGAUGUGAGCUCUUCAUCUCAGGUAUACGACCGAUUGCGCAAAUUAUUCACAACGAAUGGCUGGGUGGAAGAACCUGAUUUAGUGAAUUGCUUGGAAACACCAUUAAUGAGACUCUGUGCUUAUUAUCUUUUUAAUGAGAAGAGACGAGGAUAUGCACUAGAUAGUGUAGCAAAUUUCCAUCUAAAAAAUGGGGCAGUUAUGUGGCGAAUUAAUUGGUUUGCUGACCGUUCUCCUCGUGGUUUAGCCAACUCUUGUGGUAUCAUGGUCAACUACAGGUAUUUUCUUGAAGACUGUGAGAACAACAGCAGAACUUACUUGGAGACCUUAAAAAUCCACACGACAGAUGAUGUCAUGUUCUUGUCCAAGACAGCAGCAGAUCUCAUGAAGCCAAGCCCUGUGAGUCCAGCAAAGUCACCACCUAUCAUACCCUGUAGCCCACCUCCAGUUAUAACCAUCACACCUGAAUCCAAGAUAUGAUGGAAUUGAUGAAUUAUCAAACCUCUUGUAUUUUAUUUAUUUAUUAUUUUUUAAGAAAAUUAUUUAUAAAGCUCCAAGCAUAUUUACUAAUUGAUAACUAUGUCCAAAUCAAGGUUCAAGGAAUUUGUUUCAGAACCAGAACCAGAAGCUGUUUGUAUUAAACCCACAGUUGGUUUUAGGGAUGUGCUUACUCAUUCUGUUUCUAAGUGUGUAUGUUAUAGGGCUGUUUUCAUUGUUUGUGAAAGAGCCCUUUCCAGCAUUUAACCAGAAGCAGGAUUCAUGCCUACCCCCCUUGCGAGGAAGCUUCAAAACUUUACCACUCCAGGUUGAUGCCAGUUAGUGUCGUGAAACAGGCAUAUUUUGCUUCCCUAUGGCCAAGGAGACACAUGAUAAGCUAAAAAAUGUGACACAGGUGGUGCACAUCAUGCUGUGGAAGCAAGUUGUCUUUUGAACAUGUAAUGUACUACCCAUGAGCUACAUUAGGAAUGACUGUGGGUGGCCCACGUCACGCUGGGGAUAUAAAUAUGUACAUCUAUGGCCCACAAUAAGUGGUACCACUGGUAGACCAUUAUGCACCACUUUAUUAGCUCCAGUGGCUGAUCCAUGGCCAAUCUUAUAGCUUCUCCUGCAUGUCCUGUGUAUUUAUUGGUACUAUUUUAUUCACAAAGUUGAUGGAUACCUAAUGUUUCUAUGGAGCUGAAACAAGCGAUAUUGAUUUUUAUGGUAAUGACUCUUCUGAUGAAGAAUUUAUAAUUAAUGUGAGGAAUCUGACACUGCUGAGGAUGAUUGUUUGGAAGAUGAAAAAAUGGAUUAGGAAUAGAUCAGUAGUGGGAGAUGAAUGAAUGACAACAGAAAAACAAAAACAGUUACAACAAUUUUAUUUUGGAGGAACAUAAACAGCAGCAAUCAGUGACCAAAAAGGGUGAAAUUGUGGCAUUUGCUUUACAGGAAAAUAAAUAGUUUUGUUGUAUGGAAGUAGAAUUUAGGAAAAUUAUAAUUUUUCAUAGUAGAUGAAUUUGUUUUACACUUUAUUAUGUAUGAAUAUUUCAGAAAAGUGUUAGAAUGAAAACAAAAAUAAAAAUAAAACAUCAAGAAAUUUUAUUUUUUACAUAUUUACUAUCAAAAUGAGAAGUCACAUCAAGAGAUGAAUAUUGGUAUAUACUUUCUUUCAUUUAAUGGUAUGCCAGUGGUCCACUACACGCGAAACAUUUAAGUUUGCGGAAAUGAGAGCUUGUAUCUACGAGCACUGCAGUAGAGUGAUAUGUCUGGGAUGUAUUUGUGUGAGUUACACAUGGUACAUAUUUUGUGUAGUAUAGGUAUUCCUGCUUGUUAGUGUCUAUGUGUUUCUGUAUAAUAUCCAGUGGAUGCACAAAACAAAUGUUUAUAACAAUUCAAAGCAAAAUGCAUCUCCAUUUCUAUACUGUAUACAGAAUGUUUAUUCACUAAUAUUUAUUGUCUUCAGUGAGCAACUUUAAGAAAAGUGUUGAGCCUUAAACACUCACUGGAACGAGAUUUUUUCAAUUGCUUGCCAUUCCUAACCAGAAUGUGUAUGUGGCAUAGUUGAUGUAUGGAUGUUGUACUGUAGAAACUGAAUCAUUGUUUUGUGUAGAUACACCUAAUACUCUUAUGCUUGUGUUGUGUUAAAAGCAUGAUUAGAAAAGACUUUACCGGUUUGGUAUUAUUUUUGCAAUUGCAUUGUGAAAUGUUACAUGCAUUGCUUUGACUUUAGUCACUUUUUUUGUAGUAAGUAUAUAGGUGACAGAUACAAAGUUCCCAGUAUUCAUAUUCUGUCAUCACAGUUUUAUUGUAAAUCUAGGGAGUGUAUACUUAAGGGGACAGGGUCAGGGGGUUCAGAAUGGAGUUAGUGGUCUUAGUGUAUUGGUGUUUGUGUCAGGAACCUACUUUAUGCUUAUUAGGCCCUAUCUCAGAUAAUUUCAUAUUCGAACAGGGGAGUAAGCAACAUGGGAUGACAGGAUUAUUAAUCAUUUGUGCAAGAUUAUACUCAUUUCCCAGUUGAAGUAAUAAAAAAUAAAUGGAACAAAGAUAAAAGGGAGCUCAGCAUGGCUAAUUGCCCAUUCUUUCACUAACAUGACUUGGACUUUGGGAUGCGUUAGAUAGCCAUCAGGGAGGAUAUGGGCUGGUAAAAACAAAGGGUUAUUAGGCAUCAGGGAAGUUUGAGGGCAAGGAAAAUGACUCAGACAUGCAUUAAAAUGAUCAUGCAGAACAUAAUAACCUUUUUUAUAUGGUUAUGUUGGUGGCAAUGGUGGAAGACUUCAGUGGCAUACAUAAUGUGUAUUGUGAUGUGCACUUACCAAUAAUCCAAUCUUACUGCAAUAACCAGCAGUGGAAAGGUGCAGGCCAGAGUUUUCUUAUCAUAAACAGAGGUUGCCCCAAAUUAAAAAAAUUAUUAACAACUGUGAAAAAUCUUUAACGGUUGAAUUUUCAGAAACUAUUUAUUUUUUCACAUCCAAAACAUCCCUUGUCUCACAGUCUUUGUCUAAUGUCAAUGAAAUAUUUUCCAUUGGAAAGUGCCUCUCAGUACUUUUUUUUUUUUUUUUUGUAAUAUAACUUUUAAUUUUUUGUAGAUGUACAAAAUGUUUCAGUGUUUUGUCAUUCUGUAACAUACAACAGUUCAAAAACUACCAUUUACUUCCAAAAUUUAAUACAGUUGAUUGUAUCCAUGCCUUUGUGGUCUACUUACAUAAAUUUUGAUUGAAAAAUAGCAAAAAACUGUAGGAUGGGCCUUCUGAGAAAAAAAGACUGGGGAAAAAAGAAGAUUUUCACCCCCCUUAUGCAAAAUUCCAAUUCAGUAUGCGGAAUAAUCCGGAAAAAGAUAUACAUCAUUUUCAAAUAAAAGAUAAAAAUAGAAAAGGGAAUCUUUUGGGAACAGUCCUCUGAAAAGUAGUUUUGAGGCAUGUGGCUGAAUGGUUUACCUGUUAGUAAUUCAGUAUGGUCAUGUUUGAUUUUGUUAUAUUGGUUUCAAAACCGGGACUUUAACAGAACACCAAUGUUCUUGUCUGUUUGGUGAAGGUUUAGAGCAAAGGCCAACAGUAGGAUUUUAUUGUUACCUAUCCAGUAACAAGAGCUAAUAAGAUGAUAUUGAUAAAAUUUUUAAACCAACAUGUUUUAUUCAUAUAUAGGCAAAACCUAAAUUGUUUGAAAAUAGUGUUAAUUCCUAGUCAGUGCAGACAAUUGUAUUCAUGCCAUUAUAAUUUGCAUGGGUCUCAGUACCUUCAGGAACCCUGGAAUUACCCCAGAUAGGGUCAUUUAUCCCUAAUUGUCAAUCCCUGGGUUAGUGUCAGUACCAAGUCCUCACUCACUAUGCAUAUAUUAUUGUAUGAGGGCAAGUUACUUGUGAGAAAGUGGUCUAAUGUCUAUGAUUUAUAAAUAGUAUCAUAUACUGUCACCAACACACAGUAGUAGAAAUGGCACUAUUUUCCCUUUUUUAUAUAUAUAUAUAUAUAUAUAUAUAUAUAUAUAUAUAUAUAUAUAUAAGUAUUUGUACCAUUGGUGGUGAGUGCACAUUGUAUGUCUAAAUUUGAUGGUGCUUUAUGUGUGAAUGAUUGUAUCUUUUUCAAACUGUGAUGAAAAUGCUCAUGGUAUGUAAGGAUUUAAAGGCCAUUUUUAGUCAUUUUUGUUACCUUCUACAAGGUUUUGUUGUUAGCCAUGCAUGAAAUGUGUUGUGAUUUGAAAUUAUUGAGGCAAAAUAACCAUUGAUUUGAACCAAUGAGAAUAUAUUUUGACUGCAUCCUUAUUAUGAGGAAUAGAUUGGUAAAAGUAAGAGUUCUUUUAUAGCAUCAGAAUAUAAAAUGGGGAAUGAUAUUUUCCCAACCUAAAAACGGGUAGCAGACCAUUGUGAUCAUGUCUGCAUGUUACAGGAACCAACAAGAUUGUGCCUUUGCAGAAAAGAUUUUGCAAUACUAGUAUUGUUAAAUUCAUUGGCAGUUUUACAAACAUGUUUUUGCCUGUGCAAAUGAUUUUUUUUCUCUUCUUCAUAUAUGAUAGUAGGACAAAGUCAUCAGUGUGGUGUACUUUCAUCUAAAAUAAUGAUGGCAUUUUCUUGUAUUGCUUGUGGAGUGAAUGCAAACAUUCAGUGCUGAUAUUGUUUUCAUUUCCUAACAUGCAAACUUUUUCUAUGAAGGUUGCAUAUUCAUGUGACAACCUCUAUACACACAGCAUCAAUUCCAGGAGUGAUUGGAAUGUUUUGCACUUGAUCUUCAUCAACCAGGUGCUUAGCCUGGCAAUAUGAACAAUGUCUAGAUCCCUCCAAAACAGUUGUUUUGUACACCUUCAUGUACUGGAAGCAAAUAAAAACAAUCUUAUGCAGGAGGUGAGCAAUAUAAGGUGAUCACUGACUCUCCAUACAUGAGGAAAUAUUGUCUUGUAAUAAAUUAGAUAAGCAGAAUCUUGUAAAGAAUAUUUUGAAAUUUGAAAUUAAUGGUAUGAUAUGGAAAAGGAUCAAGGAUUUGUAAGUGGUUUUCUAGCUAGUGUUGUGCUGUUUAGUUGGCAUUUUAGUUAAGGAAUGUUGGCUAAGGAAACACAAGAGGUGUUUUACGUGAAAAAACCCUCUUGGUCUAAGGCAAAGAUACAGAUUUUGUUAUGUAAAGUUUUAUUGUUAAGGAGAAGAGUCUUAUUCAGUAGAUGUAGAUAUAUAUGUGACAGCUUUUAAGAGUUAUCAGUUGGGUAAGUUGUUUUCACUCAUCAGGUGUUCUCUGUGAAAUUGUCCUUUGAUUUCACUGAAAUCAUCCUUGUGUGUAUUGCAGAUGGGAUUCUAUUAAUAAUGUUGAUUUAUUAUGUGAAGAGAACACACUGUAAUAAUGUUGAUGUAUUCAUAUAAAGUGAAAUGAGGAUUUCAUUGAAUAUUUAGUAUUGAGUAGCAUUGCUUUGAAUAGGUAUAUUUGAUAAUCAGUGUAAUGCUAAGUAAAUGUAAAAGGCUAUAAGUAGUAUUUCUGCACAGAAAUGUGUAUAUAUAUUCAGUAAACAAUAUGUGACUUUACAAUACUGCAGUGUAUGAAAGUGAUAUGAUGAAAUAUAUGUAGGAGGGGUCAAUGCAAGUCACAAAGCUAGCAGGUUUCAUAUGCAAGUUGAAAAAAAUAAUUUAAACAUUUGGCAAAUGUUAUUUUUACUUCCUCAAAAAAAAAAAAUAUAUUUUAAGAAAAGGUGAGUGAUUUUUCCAUGCACAGCUAAAAGUAGCUUUAGUAUAGUAUGAACCAUAAUAGAACUGGUAAAUAUUACUCAACUUGAAUGACACUUGCACAAAAUAGUUGUAAACGUUGGCUGUGUUUUAUAUCCAUAAAGUAAAGUCCAUAGUAUUGUAUGCUUAGAUGCUGCAUUAUCAAUUACCGAAGCCUUUAACCCAGUGCAUUUGUUUGUCAACAAGCAUCAUGUAUCUGUUUGUUUAUGUAGUAUCAUAAGCACUAUAGUAUAGAACUUAUGAUUUUGGAGGAGUCCCUGAUUUGUUGGAAAUAAGAGAAAAUUCAUCAUAUAAUUACAGGUAAGUAAACGCAGAAAUAUAAUACAUUUUGUUUACAUUUUUGUUUUAAUCAUGUGUCAUCUUUCAUUUCCAAAUCUUUAUGUGACUUUCAGAAUUUUUUAUUCCUUUUUUGACCAGAAUUGGAAGUAGUAUAAAUUUUACAUGCUUUGCUGACCUGUCUUAGAUGUUAUUCAUGGUAACUUGUACCUUAGAACCAUACUGAAAAUGUCAGUUUUACAUGGGAGUUGGUUGCAAUCACUGGUAAAAAUCUUUGUCUAUUAUAGUGUUGUGUUUGUCAUUUUUUAUUAAUGUAGGUUUCAUUGGCAGAUUAAGAUGUAUAAAAUCAGUUUUAAUAGCCAGACAGAAUUACUUGUAUCAUAUUACACACAUAUGCAACAAUGACAGAGAUAUUUUUUUAUUAUUUAUUAUACAAUGGGAGUUGUUUGUAAUGAAUGUAGGAUUUAAUUAUUAUAUGAUGUAAAGUAAUUGUUGAUUAUUAUAUUUUAGUAUUUUGCGUAUUUGAGAUGUAAAUAGUGUAGAUGAGCAUGGACUUUGUUACACAUUCUCAGGUGACAAAUAAAGGUGUUGAAAAUAA